AUUAAACAAAAAUUAAUGGCACACAAGCGUUUGUUCAUCUACGCUGUGUUACUGGCGAUAUGUUAUUUAGUUGGCGUGACAUGGGCUGAGAGUGCAUCACAAACCCUGCCAGUGGGUGGUGGCAGCAGCAGCAACAACGCCAGCCAAGGAGGUGCGUUGCCACCAGCGGGUGCAGCAGCGAUAGCAGGAGCAGGAGUGGCAGCAGGAGCAGCAAGUGGUCCAGCACCAAAACAAACUGUCGUGACUCCUGCUCCAACGGCCGCGGCGCCACCGAAAGCUAUUAUCACGCCUGCUCCUGGCCAUAGUUCUUCCAAUGCCAGCAGCACAGCGAACCCAGCAACAGAAUGUGUCUGUGCUGGGGCUUUGCUUCCUCGUCUGGAUGCCAAUGGCAAGGAGCUGCCCAUCUGUGCCGAGUGCAAGUGCUCCCAUGUGGCGCGAAAUACGACACUUAUAAAGGUCGUUGUCAUCAUUGUGAUUUGGAUAAUAUCCAUUUUAGUGAUAUAUAUGCUCUUCCUGAUGUGCUUGGAUCCAUUGCUGAAUAAGCGCGUAAAGGCCAAUUACCAGGAGCACACCAAUGAAGAUGAUGAGCCGACACCGCCCAUGCCCGCCGCCACUAACCAAGAGCUCAGCGCCAGAGCCAAUGUCCUCAAUCGCGUGGGCCACCAGCAGGACAAAUGGAAGCGACAAGUGCGAGAGCAAAGACGCCACAUCUACGACAGGCACACCAUGCUCAACUGAGACCAGCAGGGGCUUUGAGCAAAAGGUGGAUUAGCAGCGAAGGCGACUUAAGACAUGUAUUCCAAGCAGUAAACCAUAUUGGCCACUCAUUAGUUUGAUCAAAAUUAUCAUAUAUCUAGCCGCAAUUUAUUUAAAUAUAUUACAUGUAAACGAA